AUGCAGAACCGGCGCGCCGCCGACGCCGCUCCAGUUCCACGCUUUGUUACGCUUGCACCGCUAGCGCGCGCCCAACGCACGCGGCGCAGGGGAGAUGGCACUUUUAAAGAGAUCUCUGAGCGCGAGUCCAUAAAGUUUCCUCGGGUUGUGCUCACUUCGGGGAAUCAUAACGAAAAGCUACUGUCUAGACAUCUCCUCUCCGUCGGCCACUUUGCCUUCAAACACUACUUCAAGUGUCGGAUAAAGCCCAUCGUCGCGACAUUCAAGUUUAAAAUUUGCCUCGCGGCGCAUCUCAGUUCUGUCGGGAGUGAUGAAGACACGAGUACAGCAUCAUGCGAA